AUGCAGCCCAACCACUAUGACCUCCUGGGUCAGGUGCAGGACGAGCCUCGACCACGGAUGACGCGAGAGGCUCAUCAGCAGCGUAACCCCCUGCCGUCACGCUCGCCAUCUGGUGUUGCGCCCACGAGAUCAGAAGAUUCAUGGAUCGAGGUCUCCUCCCAGCCCUCAUCCUCCUCCCUGUCGUCCGCUGCCACCAACGAUGACAUUAUCACCACCGGUCUCCGUGUCGAGCAAAAUGGAUCUCGACCAUACCAUCGUCGUAGCACACGACGUCGCCUGCAACAUCUGGCUGCCGUCACCACGGCCCAGGUCGAUUACUCGUCCCGCGAGCAAAGCAGUAGUCAGGACGAAUAUGAAGAAAGUGAAAGCGAGUCGGACCGUGUCUUGAGCAGUUCAAAUGAGGAUGUGGCCCGCCGCCCGCUGGAGGUUCCAUCCCUGACAGGAAUGGGCCCGUCAGCACCUGUGUCGGACGACGCCCCCUCGACUGAUGACGAUGAUAACUCCACUGCAUUAGGGAUGCGAAUCAGCUCAUCCCCCUUCGUUCCGCAGCCCAACGUCUUUUCGCAUCCUCCUGCGUCGCAAGACCCAUCCUGGACGAGGCCUCUAGAGCGACGUCGUUCUCAGCCAAGCGAGGUGUCGAACUGCAGCCGUCGGACCGCAAUCCGAAGAAACUCCCAGGCCAGUAUCCGGUCGGCUCGAAGAUUGUCGCAGCAACAGCAUAGUCCGUACAACAUGAUCUCUCCUUCUCACCACGCCGAUCACGAUGCCGCCCUCCGCGCCAGCCUGUCCACUCUACUCUCCUGUGCCGCGGCGGCGCGCGGUUUACCUAAACAUGACUCGCAACCUUCUCAACCUCCACAGCCUGGUCCCUCUCGGGCACAGCCAGCCUCCUUUCGGCUCGUGCCAGAGUCGGUGGCUAUGGGAGACGAGGUCGGUGAAGAGGCGGUCGCGUCUGCCGCCGAGACCCAUGAUUCUACCAAGUCACCGCGGCCAAGACAACCGUCAGCACCUAUGGCAGCCUAUUCAGCACCCAACUCACCCAAGAUCAAACGGCGGUCUAGCUCCCCUAAAGAUCGUCGUUCAUCUUCCAAGAAGAGCCGUCAUACCGCCACAGCCGACUCUGCCGGCAGCCCAACCAUCAUGACGUGGGUCAUCAGUGCCGGCGUAGUGGUUCUUUUCUCAGCCAUCAGCUUUUCGGCCGGGUAUGUACUCGGUCGCGAAGUAGGAAGAAUGGAGGGCGGUAUGGGUUCCGCCAUGGGAGAUGGGGGAUUUUCAGGAGGAAAAGCAACUGCCGGGUGCGGCCAGGAAGCUGUUCAAGGAGGGCUGAAACGGUUCCGAUGGGGCUCUGGAACGUCCGGGUCGGGCAUCAUUGCAUAA